UAGCAAUAGCAUUAGAUUUUCUCCAGGGGGCGCGUGUUCAGAUUUCGUGAUGAUUUUAGUUUUUAAAGAAAUAUAAUCGUUAUGUUGUGCUCGUUAAAAUAAUUGCGGUGACCAUUUAAAAAGCUUUCUUUUUUUACUUUAAUCUUUUCCAGUAAUCAAACACGUCCGCGCACUCGGUACAGAUUAGAAAAGUAACAGCUGACACGUGACAACACAGCGGCUAGCCAAUUGGAUAAUAAUUUACAUCUGAAUUAAACACCAAGAAACCUGAAAUAAGCGCAAAUUGAAUAUUUGAAAUAAUUAUACGAUUUUAUUUAACAUGUACCCUUUGUGACAGACCAACUAGAGGUCACGACCAUCCAUAAAAACGAUUUAAUUGUAUUGCCUUUCUACUUUCAUUAUUCCAUCUUUACAUGUACAAUUUUUAGUUUUCAAUACAUUUCAUUUUUAGUAUUUAUAAAAAGAAUAGACGUUUAUGUGUUAAUGUUUAUGAUUUAUCCUCCGAUUGGAUGGUUUUUUUUGCGCAGGGUAAGACGCACCUGUGCGACUGGGGGCGUGGUUUAGAAACAUUUCUCCGCUAGCCUACGGUCAAAAACUUCACACCUGUGGAGAGAUGCAGUGCUGUAACAUAACUUCACCUAAAUCAUCAUUUAAAGUUAAACGGUGACUUACUAGACUCGUUUGCUAUUUGGAUUUGGUCGAUAUGACGCUUUUUGAUCUGAAUGUUUUCCUCUUCUUCAUCACAGGUUAUGUGUGUGAUCAGAGCAUCUCCCCGACUGAGCCCGUGUCCGUGGAUGCUUUGGUGGGCAGCGAUGUGACGCUUGCUGUAUCUCAUACUGGAGCCUCUCAUCCUCUGGUCACAUGGUUCAUGGAAGGUCUUCCUGUUGUAAUAUGGACUAUAGGUGAUGACUCCUCUCCAGAUGUUUCUUCAGACCACUCCAGCGUGUUUAAAAUGGAACAGAACGGAUCGCUCACCCUCCGAAAUGUGUCACACAUUUAUAAUGGAACAUACACUGUGGAAAUGACUAAAAUCGGAGCGAUGAGGGUGAGCGCUACAUUUUACCUUUUUGUUUAUGAUAUCCUCACAAAUGUCUCCCUGCGCACGGAUCCAGAUGAGGCCAUUGAAGGUGUCCUUGUAUUUACCUUCUAUUACAACACAAUGCAAGGGGAGGCCAGAGAGGUGCAGUGGCUCUUUAAUGGAGUCCAGCUGGAAAGUGGAUCCCAUUAUUCCAUCAACGGGAAAAACCUAACAAUAAACCAGCCUAGCAGAAAUGACACGGGCCGCUACGCUGUAGUCCUUACAAACCCGUUCAGCUCUGAGACACAGCAUAAGACGAUCACAGUGCUGUAUGGACCAGAUAUGCCAGUUCUCAAGGUGAGUCCCACAAAAGCAGUCUUUGUUUCUGGAGAUUCUCUGUUCCUCUCAUGUCAGGCUGAGGGUCUGCCGCCCCCCUCUGCCACAUGGUUUUUCAAUGGCAGCUUCAUUCAAGGGUCUCCAGGAGGAUCCGUCAACCUCACCGACGUCAAAACGCAUCAAAGUGGUGUUUACACCUGUGUGUUGAUUAAUCCAAAGACUGAGGCGAAGCUGAGGAGAAACCUCACUAUAGAUAUCUAUGAGAUUCCCAGCGGUGAGCCAUUGUGUUCAGUACAGGCUGUAAGUGAAACCAGAGGGCUUCAGUUCUUCUGUCUGUGGCCAGGUGGCGCUCCAGAAGCACUGUUGUCUUUCCCCGGCCUGAAUGCGAAUGAGAGUGGGGUGGGAAAUUUCAAUAUAACUCCAAGUGACAUCCAAAAAUUAAAUGAAAAGGAGAUCAUCUGUAAAGCAGAACAUCCUUUGAUUCAGACACAGUGCAGUGUCAUUGCAAGUGGUCCUGUUGAUUUUCUACCAGUAAUUUUCACCAACAUCAGCCAAGAUGAACGGACAACUGUUGUGAUCCACUGCAAUACAGAGGCUUCACCCAAACCCAUCGUGUACUGGCUAAAAAAUGGACACAGACUGAAAAAUGGGUUCAAAUACCAGAUCAGUAUCAACUCAACUCAACUGUUCAUCAAUGAUUUUAAUGCCAGUUCUGCAGACCUCGACACAUACACCUGCAUAGCCAUCAAUCCACUCGGCAAUAUAACCUCCAACGCCACACUGCUCGGCCCUCAGAUUUUAGAUUCCAGUAUUUUUCUGAGUGAAAAUCAAACAGAAGUGACUUUAAAAUGGGAUGUUCCUCCCAAUUCUGUCAUUACAGGAUUUGAUAUUCAGAUGAAAGGCCCAGACCUCGCUGGCUCUUCCCGAUCAGAGUUUCGCACCAUUCGAAUGAUGCCGAGCUUCGCCAGGACUACAAACAUCUCUGGUCUUGAUCCGGAAUCUGCUUAUACCUUCAGGAUCAUUCCUUUAGCAGGAAAAACCACAGGGGAACAAUCAGAGCUACACCGGGUUCAACCAGGUGCAGGUCUUAAAGGUGCUGCCAUUGCUGGUAUUUCUGCUGGACUCCCCUGCAGUAUUAUUCUGCUCCUCGUUGUCUUGGGUUUCAUCUACUGUGGAAAACCUGACAGAAACCCCAAGUAUCCCAUCUCAAGAGCGGUGGAGAAGGUCAUCUGUCAGUCAGCUGUAACUGACCCCCAUCAUAUCCCAGAACCCAAGCGGUCGAAUGCAUUACCUUAUGCGAAUGCUCGUGUGAGGAUGGCCACCACUGUGUGAUUCAGAGAGAUCUUUAAUCUUAUCCAGUAAUUGAACUAGGACUGGACACAGUGUCCUAACCAGAUAUGAGAUUGCAGUUGAAAAUGAGAAUGUUGCUCGAUGCAACAAAAUUACAAUUGAUCAGAUCAUAUUUUCAUGGUUAAUAUAAUGGUUUAUGAAGCAAGAUUUUACAGAAACCAAGUAACUGACAAAAUUGUGGCCGGUUAAUAGGUCAAUGUUUACCUGUUUUUAAAGUUUUUUUUUUCUUUUUAUAGGUGAUGUUUGAUUAUAUUCGUCUUUGAUCGUGUCUGUGAAAUCCUAUAAAGUGUAUUUGGAGCAUCAAAGUUUGAUCUACUGUAUGUAUGUAUGAUCUUACUCAGUCCAUAGUAAAUAUAUUAAGGUUAUUUUCACUGAAUGUUUUCUUACAUUGUGUAGGAAGAUUUUAUAUUAAAAGCUGUAUGACACAAAAAUGACCUUUGCUGGAUUUUCAUAGGAAGGAUCACAUAUUUUUGGAUUAUUGUGAAAUGGUAAUUUUUCACCAAUAAAAUCUAUUGCAUACAUUACAACUGUACAAAAAAUUUUGCUGUAAUACAUUUGACAUCUUCUGUAAAAUAUAAUGCUAUUUUAUGUAUUUC